AUGCGGCACCUGCAGGCCACCGUCGUCGAGCACCUGGCCGGUGUGGCCGCCGCCGCCACGGCCACGCCGCCGCCGGCGUCCGUCCACACGGACACGUUCCUCAUCCUGGCCGCCGUGCUCUGCUUCCUACUCUGCGUCGUCGGGCUCGCCUUCGUCGCGCGGUGCUCGCGGCUGUGCAACCCCUCGUCCUACUCCGUGGACGCCGACGACGACGAGGCGGCCGCAAUGCCGGCGGACAUGGGGGCGCCACGGCCGCGCAAGGGGUUCGAGAAGGGCGCGCUGGAGAAGCUGCCGACCGUGCCGUUCGAGGCCGACGACGAGGCAGCCAAAGACGGGGAUGAGCGGCCCGAGUGCGCCAUCUGCCUCGCGGAGUUCGCGCGCGGGACGAGGUCGCGCGUGCUCCCGCCGUGCGGCCACGCAUUCCACGCGGCCUGCGUCGACACCUGGCUCCUCUGCACCUCCACGUGCCCAUCCUGCCGCACCGCCCUCGUCGUGGCGCAGCAGCAGGCGCCGCCGCCAGCGGCGGCAUCCGCGGAUCCCCCCCUGCAGUGCUGCGCUUCGGCGCAGGCCUCGGCGGGACCAGCGGAGUACCCCGUCACCCUCGCCGUCGUCGUCGUCGAGCGCGGACCUUGCCGGACGUCGGGACCGUAG